GGCCUAUCGAUAACGUUAACAAAUAUUCUUACAACAGAUGAUACCAUUUAAGAAAAGAUUAAGUUAUAUAAUAUUUUACAGCAAAAGAUGACUUUCAUUGUCUAAAACAGUGAUAAGUAUCCAUUUUCUGUAAAUAUGAUAACAAUAAUAACAAUUAAUGCGCGAUUUUGUAUACGAGUUGACCUGUAUACGAGUUGGUCUGUGUACUUCUUGACUGUAAAUCAGUAAAUGUAUACCAGUCCACCUUGUGUCUAAUAAGGCAUCGAUAAGUAUGAUUACUUCACAUUGUGUUGAAUUAUUAACCAUCAAUUAUCAUAGUAGUAUGAUUAGGUAGGUUAAUAAAGCUAUAUAGGUAAUUAAAGGUACCUAGCAAUAUCUAGUGAUUGUACUGGAUCUGUUAUUAUAAGCAUUGAUUGUCAUUAUAUUAUGACCUCUUUUUAUAUACAGUUCAUUAUAUAUUUUCUUUUUUUAGAAUCAUGUUUUGCAUUGAAUGUGGGGUGGUUUUAGGCCCCACAAACAAGUUUUGUGGUUCGUGUGGCGCCCCAGUCUGUGUCGAGAGGAAAGUAACAAAAGAACCUGACACAGCCAAACCAGGGCCAUCAAAAUCUUUUGAUGAGUCAGCAAGAUGCUUCUCGCCAAAUGGAAGUCCAUCUUUGCAAAAGAAAAGAGAAGAGGUACAGUCCAAACUAGACUUUCUGAAAGCAAAGUUUUUGGACAGUAAAAAAAAGAUGUCCAAGAAAAGACUAGGUGGACACCUGCACACUAAAUCUUCAGGGUUGGAGAUUUUGGAAGUCCGUUUUCUGGACAACCUUGGAAAGAGGCUGCAGAGGGUGAUAAAUGGCAGCUCGUCAUUAUUACUGGAAGUGGAAUCUUCCAGUACCGUCCCGGAGUGGAUGGCUCUCUUAAGUGCAAAGUUCAAGACACAGAUUCCUAUGGAAGCGAUGGUAUUUAAAGAGCACAAAUUCAUUGCACUCAAAGAUACGACAAGCGUAGAAGAUUUAAAGAACCAAUCGAAGGGAAAGAGGAAACAUUUUGGUUUUUUUGUUCAAGUGCAUGCCUGAGAAGACCACUUCAGCUAAUGAAUCCCCAGAUCAAAGCAGUGAAUCAGAUAAUGGAAGCAGCGUGAAUAAGCCAAAUAGUCAGCUCAUAGUACUCUCUAAAGAGGAGUUUGAAGAACCUGCAA